AUGCAGGCGGUCCGGCCGGACAUGGAGCAGCAGGUCUCGGAGCUCCGCGGCGAGCUGCGCAAGGUGCGGGAGGAGCGCGACCGCGCCCACCGCGUCCUGGAGGUGACGGAGUGGAGGGCGCUGGACUCGGCCAACGACCGCACCACCAUCGACACGCUGGAGGCGGAGCUGGACGCGUCCCGGGAGUCCGAGUCCCGGAUGCUCGAGUCGCUGUCGCUGCAGACCAAGCAACUGGAGAUCACCAAGAUGGAGCUGGAGGAGGCCAGGAUCGACAUCGCGUCGCUGCGGGACACGGUGCAGCGGCUCGAGGCCAGCGCCGUCGCCGUCGCCGUCGCUGCCGCGAAGCCGAGGGGCCGGUUCGACCGCGACCUGCAGCGGGUCAGCGGCGAGCUGCGGGUGGCGCUGGCCGCGGAGGAGAAGAGCAAGCGGGCGAUGGAGGAGCUCGUGCUGGCGCUCAAGGAGGUGAACGCGGAGCUGCACGCGACGCGGCAGCAGCUGGCGCGCGCGCAGCACGAGUCGGAGACGGCGAGGCUCGAGUCCGACCGGCUUCACGUGUCCCUGAAGCGCAAGGACGACAAGGUCCGCGCGCUGUCCGACGAGGUGGCCCGGCUCCGCUCCGACGCCGAGGAGGCCUUCGCCACGUUCCGGGGCAAGGAGGCCGGGUUCACGGCGUGCAUGAAGUCGUCGGAGGUGGAGCUCGCCGAGUCCCGGCGCGAGAACGCGCGGCUGCUCGAGUCCGCGCGGCUGUUGACUGCCUGGAGCUAUAUUACUUAGUGUUAAACGCAGGGGGCUAUGUGCAAAACGAUCAGAGCUGACCCACCUGUCCACUUGGCACGCUGUGAUUGGCUGAGGACUAAAAAUGCACAAGAGGUGCAAGUUAUGGGAUGAAAUAGGUGCACUUUGCUAGUUUUAGGAUCAAACCAUCA